AUUUGAUCAUCACAUUAUUCUUAGAACAACACAAUAUAAUUUAUGACAUAAAUCGAAGUUAAUAAAUUCAAAUACGUGAUCCAUAGUAGAUGUCCAAUAUUGCGCUUGGGGUUUUUUGCAAAAUAUAUUAAAUAGAUCCGUUUAUCGAAGUAAGUUUAAUAGUUAAAAAGUUUUUGUGGUAUUAUGUCAUCGUUCGAAGAAUAGUUUUGUUUAUGAGAAACAUUCUAAGUUAUAUUGUGUGUGAUGGAAGUCUUUAUUUAAGCGUGAAUGUUUAUAUGUUAGCGAAAUUUUAAAGAAAUGGUUGUAAAGAUGUUAUCAACAAUAAUAUUGUAUUGUUUGUUUGUGAAAGUUGUGACCGGUAUACACGUUUCAAACUUAAACGACUCCUGUUUACGAUGCCUAUGUCACGUGGCCGGAUGUGACAUUUCCCACGGCUGCACAGACGGCUACUGCGGACCAUUUUAUAUAUCCAGGGUGUACUGGGUCGAUGCUGGAAAACCUACACUACCAGAUGAUACCCCUGAGAGGAAAGAAGCUUAUGAAGACUGCGCAAGAGACUACAACUGUUCGCUGAAAAUCGUAGAAAGUUACAUGGCGAUUUUUGGAAAGGACUGCAACGGUGACGGUGUGACUGACUGUUUCGACUACAUGAUGAUCAACCACUACGGCUCUGCGUGCUCCACGCCACUCUACACGUCGCCUCUCGGCCGACGGCGCCUCCAGCUCUACCAGCAGUGUCGAUUUUAUUAAUUAGAAAUCAUUAAAUAAAUGUUAUUAGACAAAAUUUA